AUGCAGGCGCUGCAAGACGCGCAGCAGCGCUUUAAUGACCUCGUGAAUAAUGACACUUGGCCCGAGCGCGUCCCCGUGACGAGUCUGCCGGACUUUGAUGCCUCGUACAUGAAGGAAGGGUUCUUGCAAAAGAAAGGCCAGCGGCUCAAAGGCUGGAAGCGUCGGUGGUUCGUCUGCGACGGCCGCACGCUGUCGUACUAUAUCUCGAAGAAGGACCGACGGCCGAAUGCUGUGAUCCCACUUGAAGGCUGCAGUGUCCAGGACGGCGGACUGAGUGAGACGUGGAACUCGCCGCGCAUUUACUUGACGGACCCAGCGACCAGUAUCAUGUACUGCCUGUCGGCUGAAGAAGGAACUGUCGUCACGCAAUGGCUCAGUGUCCUGCAAACUGCAGUCGCUCGCGUGCACACGGGGUCGACUGGAAGCGACGCGAGCGUCGAGUCGUCGUCGCACGGGUCGGCGCUCAAGAGCUCUGCCCUGCGACCGCAGCACAAGGCACAGGCGCCACCAGUGCCGUCGUUGUCGGACGACGAAGAUAGUCGUGGGCAUCUCAAGCGCGCAUCGUCGAUGGAACCCACUUCGACGCUCCCACGUUCGUCAAUGUCAGCGCUAGUCGGAUCAAGUGCGCCUGUGUCGCUGAAUACAGCUACAAGCGGCGAGAAGAAGCGUGCUGUACGGAUGGUAUCAGCACCGUUGGCGACCGGUAGUAGCUCGACGAGCACGACGACAGUGCCGUUGCAGCAACAAUCUCACCACCGCCCUCGUCGGACAAAGACACAGCGCUUGCCGACAACCAUCUCGCUGGAGAAUGAGCUGUCGCAUGGACUGGAUGUCCUGGAGGCCCUCUUGUGCGGCCAUAGCCCGACAGGAUCGGCGUCAUCGAUUCGCAAUCACGUUAUGUUUCGACCCAUGGGUGCAUCGAACGGCGUGCUGCGUAGCCUUGGGACGGGCAUGAGCUCUGGGAAGCAGUAUGCGCGAGCGAGCGUCGUGCUGCCCGUAUCGUCCGAAGUGGCGGCGAUAUUGCUGACCGACCAUGCGCGCCGCGCCGAGUGGGAUUUACACUUCCCACAGUCAUCGCACAUCGCCACGUUUGACGAUGCAACGGAUCUCGUGCACUUGUCGAGUGGCGGCUUUGCGCAAGUCCAGAAAACGAGACCUUUCGUGGCACCACACGUGGCUGCUGCAGCGUGUGCUCUGUGCGCAGCGCUUUUGUGGAGUGCUGCGUCGUGGGAGGCGUUGUUCACUGCUAUGGCAUACGCUGCCGCGAUUGGUGGUAUCGUGAGCACCGUGGAUCACAGUGCGUUUACCGUGCCCCGCGAUUUGGUGCUUUUGCGUCACAUGCGGGAGUCUGCUGCGCCUGAAUCGCACGAUUCGAGCGAAGACAAGUCCGUGGAUGAGAUGGGUCGAUCCGUGGUGCUCAUUUUGGAAAAGUCAGUGGUGAACGAGCUGAAACCAGUCACACCUGGAACUGUGCGUGCGUAUGUGGGCUUGAGUGGCUGGCUACUAGAGCCUGUUGCAUCAGGACGCGCCACAUUGGUCACCUACAUUACCGACUUGGAUAUGCAGGGAUGGUUAUCACCCUCAACACGUCAAAGUUUUUUGCUUUCGCGCCUGGACUGUGUGUCUGUUCUGAGCGAAUACGUCAACCAGGCGCAGUUGUGUGGAUCAGAGCUUGGCUUUGGUGGUGGUCUGGACGAGGACGGCGACGGUGACGGCGAGUACGAUCCUCGAAGUGGUGGAUACGAGGAGACCAGCGAAGGAAGUGUUGGAGAUGCUGCCGAUAGUGAGUCGUCUGCGAUCUUCCACCCGAAGACAUACAUGCGUGGCAUGAUGCCGUUACCCAGCGGUGGCCUAAAACUGAUCGACAAAGAGGUCGCAAAGAAGCAAGGUGGUGUGGUAAAGGAUGUCAUCAAGUCUGCUGGAGCGAAGAUCCUGGAGGGCAAGUCAGCAGUUAGUCUGUCACUGCCUGUGCGUAUUUUUGAGCCUCGCACGAAUCUGGAACGUGUGUGUGAUUUGAUGCUGUAUGCGCCGACGUUCCUGAACGUUGCGUACGCGCAGACUGACCCGUUGGAGCGCUUCAAAUACGUCAUGGCAUUUGCUGUGGCAGGGCUUCAUCACAGCGUUGGCCAGCUGAAGCCGUUCAACCCGAUUCUAGGCGAGACGUUCCAGUCCACGCUGAACGACGGCACGGAUGUCAGCUGCGAGCACACGAGCCAUCACCCGCCUAUCAGCAAUUUUCAGUUCACGGGUGACAAGUACUCUAUUGCUGGUUUUGUGCUUUGGCACGCCAGUAUGAGUGUGAAGUCCAACGCAAUGCUCAAUACAAACAAGGGGCCUGUUCGCAUCACUUUCCCGGACGCAAAAGACCUUCCUGGAACGACUGUUGAGUACAACUUGCCGUACUUGCAGAUUGGUGGUCUGCUGUGGGGGGAUCGUACGGUCGAUAUCAUGGGCAACAUGGUGUUUGAAGACAAGAAGAACCAUCUGCAGUGUGAACUACGCUUGAACCCGGAUGCAAAGUCGGGCAUGGGCGGCAUGUUCAUGUCGUCGAAGACGCCGACCGAUUCUCUCCGCGGUGUGGUCUUGGACACGUCGGUUUCGCCUUCGCGUGAGAUCUGUGACGUUUCUGGCUCGUGGCUGCACGACCUUGUCGUUGGCAACAAGACGUACUGGGACAUCAACAAGUACCAGAGUGGUUACAUGGUGCCUUAUCCGAAAGACAAGAUCUUGGCGUCCGACUCUCGGCACCGCGAGGAUCUACAUUACCUGGCAACAGGAGACCUGGAUGAGUCGCAGGAGUGGAAGGUGAAGUUGGAGGUUCUGCAGCGGGCUGACCGCAAAGCGCGUCUAGAGGGUCGACGUCCGAACCACUGGUCAUACCGCAGUGCUGGUGGUCACUGA